CUGAAUCUUUAUUUCCUCUCCCAUGACUUGAGAGAUCUAUUGGCAAAAUCAACAGACAAACAAAUCAUCAGUUUGCGGCCCAUUUAAUGCAGGACCAGACUGGGAAUUACCUCAGCAAGCCCAGCGUCAUGGCCCAACGCGGUAAAACCGGUAAAUAAGUAAAUAACCCUCUACACGUCCGGACACAAUCUUACGCCAGUACGCCACCACCACCGGCGCGCAACCACACUGAUCGCCGGACUGCGAGCAGAAGAAGGAAGCGAUUACCAAUCGCUGGACGGCGUAUGAAAGAAAAAGCUCCGUGCCGCCUGAGAAUCGAGACAGCAGCCUCUCUUUCAGGCGUCUUAUUGAUUCUGUAAUUCUAUUGGCGAAUGGUUAGGGAUUUGAAAGAAUCAGGAGGAGGAGGAGAAGAAGAUGGCGAAGACAGAAUCUCCGACCUUCCGGAUCAAAUCAUUCACAUCAUCCUUAAUCGCCUGAAAUCUCCAGAUGCAGCUUCGAGAACCAGCGUGCUGUCGAGAAGAUGGUUCCAACUGUGGCGAGGUUACCCUUCCUUUGGGUUCCCGCCCUCCAAAUCAAACGAGAGUCGGUUCCGCAGCUUCGUCGAAUCCUGUUUUAGGAAGCUCCCGCCAACAAAGCCAUCGGAUUCUGACCACAUCAGCGGUGGUUGCCGUGCAGGUGUAACGGCAAUUCAGGAUUUCAGUAUCUCACUUCGUGAGGGUGAUUUUGGGAAAGAGUACCUGGACCGGUUGCUCUUGUUUAUCACCAGUAAUGUCAGUGUCUUAUCUCCAGUUCACUUUGAGCUUUGUAUCAGGGACAUCGAAUGGAAUCGCCGCUACAGUUUGCCGGUUUCGAAUUGGAGUGGCAUGAAAUCUGUCAGCCUCAGUGGUUGCUUUCUCACCGAUGUUGUUACUGCUGAUGGUGCUUCUCUGGUCAGCCUUGAGUCGCUCUGUCUUGACAAUGUCACUCUCAGCAAUGAACUUCUCCACAGUUUACUGGGUAAUGCUCCUCGCCUCGUAUCGUUGAGUUUGCAUCGAGUAUUUGGGAUUGAUAAGCUGGAGUUGGUCUCUUGUCCUCUCCUGCAGCGUUUGUUAUUGAGUGAAAUUUAUACCUGUGGAAAGAAAGAUCGGUUUUGGGAAAUGAGGAGGCUAAGGGUUUUGUCUCCAAAUCUCUUGAGCUUGUCGUUGUGUUCAGGGUUGAAGAAGCUUGAUAUUGAUGCUCCUAACUUGGUCAGUCUCUCUUGGACUGUUUAUUCUGGCGACCCAUCUACGAGGGUCAAUGUUAUCAAUUUGGCAUCCGACUGCCGGUGUACAGUUCAUGUGCAGUCAUAUGUGGGAAUCGAACCGCAAUGGUUGAGGCUGUUCCUCUCCACCAACUUCAUUCGGUUCCACCACCUGAACUUGGUUUCCAACUUUAUGUUUCGGCCAUCAAAACAACAGGAGUCGGAGGACUUAACCGACGACGAGUACGCUUUCUUACCUCCAAUGAUCGAUCAAGUGCAAUGUGAGCCCCUUUGGUGGGAUGUCAGUGACAUAGAGAAGGCUGCAACAUUUUUAAAUCGUUUGUUCUGGGUCUGUCGUCCUAAGUUCAUGUCAAUAGCUAAAGGGGAUGUCAGCUUGAUUGCAGAGUGCAUGUGUCGAGAGUAUUUGAAGAUAGAUCGUCCUAAUGAUGUGACUAAUGAUGUGAAUUCUCCUACUUCCUGGAGCCAUGAUCUGAAAGAUAUGAAGAUAGAGAAUGAUACUACUGGUGAAAUGAUGGAAAUCUCCGAAGAUAUGAUUCCUUCCCUUGCGAAGCGAGAGAAAGUUAAGUUCAUGUUGAUAUGGUUUUAGUUUAAGUUUUACUCAAGUUCUGAAAGCUUUCAUAAAUGUCAUUGUGGUGCAAGUUGUUGUUUGGAACAUGUUUGUCGAUAAUAAACUCCAUGGAGCUGGAGAUGCAGCACUUAAAGGGCUGACUCAUCUGGUGUUUUGAUUUUUGUAAGAAGGCUAACUUUUGUGUCUAAAGCAUUUAACUUACAUAUAUGGAUUUGUGACCUCGAAUAUUUAGUUAACCGUUGGAAGACUGAGGC